AAGUAGCACCGACCUAGUUUGUGAUGUAUCGUCACUUUAGAUGAUUCACGAGAGGCAAAGCGUCCGUUCUCUCAUUUUCCCUUCAUACCUUUAUUCUCAGCCGUGUACAGUCAUCUGCCUCAUUCCACUUUUUUGUAGCCGCAGAGUGAGGUGAGGUUGCUCUGGCUCUAAUGAAACUGGUUGCUGAACUUCGGAUAUUGAAAGAGGAACGAAACUUAGCCAACGUUACCGCCGACCACUGCUACCGGGAACAGGAUCCACCCCCUCAACCAUCAGCGAGUCCCAAAUUGCCACUUCCGCUCUUCGGUCUCAUAAGAGCGUGCCACGGCCUCAUAGCGUGUGGCGUACUCGCUCAUUGUCUACAACUUUUUGGAGCAGACAAUCGUACGCCUAGCUGUGAUACAAUACUCUUGUCUCGAGUCCCCCGGAGACGGAUGACAAUUUUGUCAUGUUUCGAGGGGGUAGGUACUAUACUUCUGUUGAUGUAUACAGAUUCAAUAUUCAUUCCAAGGUUCUGACCUUUGAUGACGGUAUCGGGGAGGUUCCCGUGAUAUUUUCCCUGGUCGCCAGGGUACUUGUUGGAUUUGGGCCGCAAUAGACAU